GGCGAGGAGAUUAUAAUGGAGUGUUCAGUGAAUAGCAAUCCAUUAGCAAAAGUCAUACUAUUCACACACCACGGCAUCCAAUUAGUCACCGAUUCACAGUCAGGUAUUAUAGUAAAUAACUCGUCGCUGGUCAUCACCAGCGCCCGACCCAUACACCGGGGCUCAUAUCAGUGUCUGGCCAUUAACUCGCAGGGAAAGGAUGCGCCCGUUUGCCGUCAACUGUCCACAACCGUACGCGUGCUAUCACUGGACGAACCGUUACGGCUAUUAUGCGCCGUCGACGCCGAGCCCGCCGACGGACUACGAUUCCAGUGGCGCUCAAACUCGACCGCAUUCCUGUCCGGCCGCGACUUUGUCGACGACGGCUCCGUCAGUGCGCUAACCCUACCGCCCGACUCAGUGGCCAGACUGACGGACCCAACCGACCCGAUCCAGUGUACGGCCAGCAACGCUGUGGGCGUCGUACGGGAGCCCUGUGUGUAUCACUUCGCUCAGCCCACUCGACCCGUACCGGUCACCGAUUGUCAGCUCCGGAACCUUUUGGACAGCCCUCAGACGGAUACCUAUGACAUGUGGACAGUAAUGGGGGUCGCGUUACUAGUGAUCGCAAUAUUGGUGUUAAUUAUAAUCACAAUAAUAUGCAAAAUACGUGUUAGAGAUCGCAAUAAGUGCAAGAAAAAUGACAAAUUGACCGCCGAUUCCAAUGAUGAGCAAUCAUUGGCCCAUAAAAUGCUCAAUAAUAUAGACAAUCAAAAAUAUUCAAUAUAUUUGGUGCCAAACGAUGCGAUCGAUCAGAAUAUUCUGUUGAGUGAUAUCAGGAAUCCUGAUUUGAUUCCCGAAAUAUAUGAUAUUGAAGGCAUUGAGGGUCUGUCCGAUCGCACCGACUGUUUAUCUAUAAUGACGGGCACAACGGCUUCGGUAACGACUACGGGGGCGGCGAAUCAC